AUGGGGUUUAAACUAAGUUUUAAUACAAUAUCAUUUGUAUUAAUAUUAAUAUCAUUUGUAUUUUUAUUAUUAGCAACAAUUAGUUCACCAAUUGUUACAAUAUUUAAUUUAGGUAAAACUUCAUCACAUACUUAUGGAGUAUUUGGUUAUUGUACAAAUAAUAAUAAUGAUUGUUCUUCUGCUACUUAUCCUAUAAAAUUUAGUUCAAUUGAUGAUAAUAGUAAAAAUUGGAUAAUGAGUUCAUCAACAAGAGAUACUUUGGGAAAAAUAUUUAUAUUAACUCCAAUUGCUUUAGGUUUUAAUUUUAUUUUAUUGGUAUUAAUUUUUAUUUCACAUUUUGGUUUAAAACCUGUGGUAUUAAUUGGUAUUGCAGUUAAUGUUAUUGCUGCAAUUUUAACUAUUAUAAGUUGUAUUAUAACAAUUUUAGUAUUUCAUCCAAAUUUAGCUUGGACAGGUUGGAUAUUAAUAGGAGCUGCAGCAGCUACUUUAAUUUCCCUUGUAUUUAUGAUUUUAACAUUAACCGUCACAGGAUCAAAUGAUGAUGAUGAUGAUAAUGAUUCAAACGAUACAGGAUUUGGUAGAUUUACAAAUAAUAAAUAUGAUAAAUUAGAUGAUAAAUUUAAUCAUAUUCAAACUUCAACUUUUAAAAGUCCAAAUAGUACAAGUUCAAUGGAUAAUGAUUAUGAUUAUAAACCUUAUGGUUCAAAUAAUAAUGGUUUGUAUGGUAAACAGAAUAAUGGUUAUGGUAAUGGUAAUACUGGAUAUACUCCAACAAAUGGAAGUAAUAAUGGUUUAGCUGGUGCUGCUGGAACUACUGCUGGAGCUGCUGCUGCAAGUGCUUAUGGAAUUAAUAAAAGUUUUAAUGGACCACCUGCUACAUCAAGUAAUGUAAAUGGAUCUUUUACAAGUAAUUCAUCAUCAUAUUAUACUAAACCACAAACUGCUAAUGAUUUCACUCAAAGACAAAAUAAUGGUAGUGGAACAUCUUUAAGAAAUAUAAAUAAUCCAAAUUAUAAUUCUUCAAAUCCACCAUAUCCAGCAACAAUUAAUAAUGGUCAACCAAAUAAUCCAAAUACCGAUGGUAAUUCAACUUUUUCAAGAAGUGUAUUUGAACAUCAUCCACAAGUAGAAGGUCAUAAACCAUUUACUGAAUUAGAUGAUGAUUUUGAAGAUGAAGAAGAUGAAAUUAAUAAUAGAGGAGGUACAAAUAUUAUAGUUACAACAAAUGAUUCAGAUGAAGAUUCUGAUUUUACAAGUGUUUCACAAAGAGCUCCAAAUCCUCAAUAUAAUCAAUUUCCUCAACAACAACAUCCUCAACAAAAUAAUUAUUAUAAUACUUAUUCAAAUGUUCAACAAUAUCAACCAAUAAGUCAACAACAACAACAAGUACCACAUCAAUUACCAAAUCAACCACAACAAGCACAAUAUCCUCAAAAUUAUUCAACAUCAUCAUCACAAUACGUAACUAGUCCGAAUUCAUAUACAUCAAAUCAAUAUUUUCAACAAAAUCAAUCACCACAUCAACAUCAUCAACAACCUCCCUUGCAACAAAGACCAACAAUAUCAGAUAAUGUAUUAAAUAAUAAUCCAGAUUUUAAUUUUAGUAGAAAUUUACAAAUUCAACAAAAACAACAACAAAAAAGAAGAAUUUCUCCUGGAUUUGUUCCUGUUGCUGCAAGAUAUAAUAAUAAUACAAAUAGUACUAAUGCUAAUGUUAGUUCAUUAAUGGGUAGAAAUGGUGGUACUCAAGCUAGAAGUGGUCCAUAUGGAAUAACUAGAUAA